AAUCAGCGAUCGAGAUCUUCCUAGUGUUUCUCCGAUUAUUUCUUCUCAAAAAAAUUCACUUUCGCUCUCGCAGUUCGUUGUCUCGAGGAGAAUCCGCGAAAGGUCUGGCACUGGAGAGCUAUUUGGAUUCUGGUUAUCAGGGGAAUGCCCCAGCAAUGGUGCAUUCUCGGGUGACGGGAGGUAUUGCACAAUCUCCUUCUACUUCUGGCAUCUUUUUCCAAGGUGAUGGGCAGUCACAAGUUGUUGGCAAUGCCCACUUAAGUUCAUCUUUUGCAAAUUCAUCAAAUUUAAUUCCUGGAAAUCCACGGUCAAGUCUGGGUCCUGUGUCUGGAGAUACUGUUUUGAAUAGUGUGGCAAGCUCAGGUCCAAGUGUUGGGGCAAGUUCAUUAGUGACGGAUGCGAACUCAGGACUUUCUGCAGGUCCCAAUCUUCAAAGAAGUGCAAGCAUCAAUACAGAAUCUUAUAUGCGUUUGCCUGCGUCACCCAUGUCAUUCACUUCCAAUAAUAUCAGUAUUUCUGGCUCAUCUGUUAUUGAUGGAUCCUCAGUUGUUCAGCAAAGCUCAAACCAAGAUCCAUCCUCUCAACAACUUCAGCAAAGUCAGCAGCAUCGAGGAGCAUCAAGUGCUACAUCCUUACCUAGUUCAAGGAUAGGUCAGGUACAACUUCCAAAUGGGCAAGGACUGAGAGGGACUGGUUCAUUCAUUCAAGAUCCUACUAUUUCCCAGCUGCAAAAGAGACCGCGCAUGGAGAUCAAGCAGGAAGAUAUUCUGCAACAGCAAGUUCUGCAACAACUACUGCAACGACAGGACUCUUUGCACCUACAGAACUCCAAUCCUCAAUUUCAAGCUUUAAUUCAGCAGCAGAGGCUAAGGCAACAGCAGCAACAGCUAUUGCAGUCCAUGCCAGCUGUGCAGCGAAACCAGUUGUUACAGCAACAACACCAGAUGCAGUUGCGACAACAACUUCAACAAGGCAUGCAGCCUGCAGCAAAUGCUGUGAAACGACCCUAUGAUGGUGGUGUCUGCUCUCGGCGGCUAAUGAAAUACUUGUAUCACCAGCGCCAAAGACCUCCCGAAAAUUCAAUUGCCUAUUGGAGAAAGUUUGUGGCUGAAUAUUACUCUCCACGUGCAAAGAAGAGGUGGUGCCUAUCAUUGUAUGAUAAUGUUGGUCAUCAUUCACUAGGGGUAUUUCCCCAAGCAUCUAUGGAUGCAUGGCAGUGUGAUAUUUGUAACUCCAAAUCUGGAAGAGGCUUUGAGGCGACCUUUGAAGUUCUUCCUAGACUUAAUGAAAUAAAAUUUAGCAGUGGUGUCAUCGAUGAGCUAUUGUUCCUGGAUAUGCCUCGUGAAUGUCGAUUUCCAUCAGGGGUAAUGAUGUUGGAGUAUGCGAAGGCAGUUCAGGAAAGUGUUUAUGACCAACUUCGUGUUGUUAGGGAGGGUCAGCUUCGUAUAAUUUUCACACCUGAUUUAAAGAUACUAUCCUGGGAGUUUUGUGCACGGCGCCAUGAAGAACUUCUACCCAGGAGAUCGGUUGCACCACAGGUAAACCAAUUGGUUCAGGUUGCACAGAAAUGCCAGAGCACAAUAUCAGAAAGUGGGCCUGAUGGGGUUUCUCAGCAGGACUUGCAAGCAAACAGUAACUUGGUUGUCACGGCUGGACGCCAGCUUGCCAAGAGCUUGGAGCUGCAAUCGUUAAAUGAUUUGGGAUUCUCCAAAAGAUACGUGAGGUGUUUGCAGAUAGCUGAGGUUGUAAAUAGCAUGAAAGACUUGAUGGACUUUUGCAGAGACCAGAAAACAGGACCUAUUGAAGGAUUGAAAAAUUUUCCGCGACACACUAGUGCAGCUAAGCUCCAAAUGCAGAAGGUGCAGGAAGCGGAAAAACUGGGUGGUAUUCAGGGGCAGACUGAUCAUAGUACACUCAAUAAGUUAAUGGAACUGCAACCUGGGCUUAACAACCAAAUGAAUAAUAACAAGCAAAUGGUUGGCUGUGGAGCUUUGAGUGGUUCAGCACAACAAGCUGCUCUAGCACCGCCUAACUACCAGAACCUGUUGAUGCGACAGAACUCGAUGAAUUCAAACCCCAGUGUGGUUAAACAGGAAGCGUCGUCUUCACUAAGCAAUUCCAAUCAAAAUCAACCUUCACCAUUUCAAGGACCAACUGGCGUCCUGCAGGGAAAUAGUAUGCAGAACAUAGCAGUGAGUGGCUACAUGACUGCCAAUGUACAACAACCACAGCAGCGUUUACUGAACAGUAGUAAUGUGUCACUCCCUCAAAAUCAUCAACAGCCCACGAACCAGGUUGUACAACAGCAAAUCCUCCAGCAAUUGCUGCAGGAUAUUAACACCAGUAACAGUGGAGGAGGUGUUGUUCAGCAACAGUCAUUCAGCAGUCAUGCAGCCGGUGGAGGUGUUUCAAGGGAGGGGAUCGCCUUUGGAAACAACGCUUCACCAGCAGCUCCAAACGGGCCUGGAAACGCGGUCGGACCCACGCCAUCCAGGAACAACAGUUUCAAAGCGGCUUCUAACAGCGAGUCAUCAAUUGGUGGUGCCAGUAACGGGUUCCCUCACAAAGCACAGGACUUGCCGCACAAUCUUCACAUAUCAGAGGAAAUGUUACCUGAUAUAUCUCAAGAUUUCACAGAUAGUGGUUUUUUCAACAGUGAUCUUGACAAUAAUAUGAACUAUGGGUGGAAAGCAUGACUAACAUGGCCUCUUGUUAGAUGAGUACUUUGCCAUAUAUAUUUGUACAGGUUGCUUAAAAUACAUUCCCCCCUUCUUAUCUCGGGUGUUCCCAUUUAGCCCUUUGUGCUGUUGAGUAGCUGUACUCUGUUAGGUGUGAUCUUUAUGCACUUUUUGCCUUCACUUUGUGACUUUACCUUUAAAAGUCCCCUUGCAAGUGUAAUCAAUGGAUAUGAACUCCCAAACUCUUCUUUAAUCUUUAAUUUGGUAUUAACAGAGAUUGUUCACAUC